CCAGUAAAAAUCGGCGAACUAGGGUUAUGAUACACGGUGUGGACGUAAUUAUACGGCAGAUCACCCCUUCCGGAAUGUCAUUAUAUCGAGGGCAUCCAUGGGCAAGAUUACAUGCGUCACGUCUCAGCAGGAUCUGUUCUCUGCUGUUCGGGUCUCCUCCAAGCUCCCAUCAUGCAGAAGCAUACUUGUAUUUCCCGCAUCCGGUUUUUUCUUUUCAAUUCGUCUUUUAAUUCUGGUUUCCGGUUCCUUUUCUCUUUCAGGAUUCCAUCUAUUCAUCAUCUUGCCAUGAGUGCAUCAGCUUGGAAGAUCUCUUUUUCUAGGUGCUAUUUCUCAUGGUCUCUCAGUCCAAUGUAAUGUACAGAGUAUGAUACCCUGCCAUAUCAGUCGCGGGACGU